AUGAUAAUCUUGGCGACGUUCGAUCAGGAACAGCAGACUUAUCUGAGAACCAUUUUUGACGGGCCAGCAGAUUUGAUGAGGGAUCCUCUGCCAAUUGCCUAUGAUGCACACUUUCAUCUAGACAGGUUGAAGACCAAGUUGAGUCUGCCAAAUUGUGCUACGUUGGAGGCCAUCUGGUCUAAAGCAGAAGUAUUGCCCGACAUGGAAAUAGACCUCAUCGGAUCUUGUGCAAGCUUCUGUGAUCCCAAGACGUGGCCAACAAACAGACAGCUUCAGGAUCUUCCCGGGAGUUUGGCAGUGGCGGUAGGGAUCCAUCCAAGGCACGCCAGCAACCACCAAUAUGCACGAGAGUCUUCGGAUCUCAAAAGGUUGGAAGUUCUUCUGCGCCAGAAAAGGGUUGUUGCGCUGGGAGAGAUUGGUGUGGACCAUUCGGAGAUGCCGCAUCAUUGGCACCAUCAAUUGGAGCUGCUGGACGUCAUUUUGCCACUAGCUCAAGAGAAACAGACCGUUAUUUUCCACUGUAGGGGAAUGCAGAAUGAUGACGGGACGGAGGCGUAUCUGGUAUUGCUGCACUAUGCCAAGAAAUACCUGAACAAGGACCACCCAGUGUAUCUCCACUGCUUUACUGGAGACAGUUACGUCCUCGAAAAGUGGCAACAUGCAUUCACCCACCUGUAUUGUGGUUUCACAGCGAUGGCCAAAAGUUUCAACGAAGACCAGAAACAAGCCAUGAAGAAGGUCCCGCUGACUUCCAUGUUGUUGGAGACGGAUGCCCCAUACUUUCCACCCGAAGGAGAAAGGAUCUCGGCUCCAAAUCAGCUGUACCGUACCGCAAAGAUUGUGAGCCAUAUAUAUGGAAUGCCAGCGGCGGAACUACUCCAGGCUACAGCGGAAAAUGGAAGGAGUCUGUUUCGUGGGGAGAACUAG